AUGGAAGGUGAAGUAAAUAAUAUUCAAGCCACAACAAAUGGACGAAACGUUCCUGUUGUAGAACCGGAAGUGAUUAAAUGGAAACCAAGGUAUAAAAUGGAGUUUGAUAGUGAGGAAGAGGCAUAUGAUUUUUACAAUGCAUAUGAUGGUCGAAUUGGUUUUAGCAUCCGGAAGGAGUAUGGCAAUAAAGUUAAUGGAAGAAUUACAUCAAGGGCAUUAGUUUGUAGCAAGGAAGGUGUGAAGGGGACUGACAAAUGGGAUAUAUUUAGAAAGACUCCCCGGGCUGAAACACGAACCAAUUGCGGUGCACGAAUGGUUUUUAGAUAUGACAAGACAAAGGCCAUCGAUGUUGAGUUGGCUUCGGAUUCAGGAUUUCCGGCUUGUAAUGCAUAUGAGUUGAUGGGAAGGCAGUCUGGUGGCAAAGAAUCAAUUGGGUACUUGAAAGUGGAUCUUAAAAAUUAUCUAAGGAUGCAAAGACAAAAGGAGCUUAUUUAUGGAGAGGCGGCAUGGCUUGUGGAUUAUUUUGAGACGCGUGGUUGUGAAGAUCCUUCGUUCUUUUAUUCCUUUCAACUGGAUACUGAGCAAAUUAUUACGAACAUAUUUUGGUCAGAUUGUAAAAUGAUCAUUGAUUAUGGCCAGUUUGGAGAUGUUAUCAGUUUCGACACAACGUACAAAGUGGUACACGGCAACAGACCAUUUGCAAUUUUCUUGGGUAUGAAUCAUCACCUGGAGACCGCUGUGUUUAGAGCAGCCUUAAUGUAUGAUGAGACAGCGGAUUCGUUUGUUUGGUUAAUUGAAAUGUUCUUGAAAGCGAUAGGCGAAAAAACGCCAAAGACGAUUAUUACAGAUCAAGAUGCUGCAAUGACGAAGGCAUUAAAGCAGGUCAUCUUAAAAUUAAUGUUCCAAAUUGAGAGGAGGAUGAUUUUACCAGGAAAUGGGAUUUAA